CUUGUAAGGCUGCGACUGCGGCUCAACGCUGCUCGUCACAUCGAUUAUGUCAAUCAAUCGUCGCACAGCGACAGGCUGCGCCGUUGGGCGAGAGGCAACUCAAACGCGUUGAGUGCAGACGUACCGGGAAGCGUCUCGCCCAAGACUAGUUUUGAGGUUUAUCGCCAUCUCAGUCUACAGUGUAUCGACGAAUGUAUGGGCCGCUGCCACGACCCACUGCAGCCGCCGGCGUGCGGUUCGUUAAACCCACGAGUACAACUAUACGAACUCCGGGCCUGAGGCUUGUCACUCAUAGUAACAUAGCCUCGGGGCGUCGUCGAGGCUCCCCGCUCUUCUUAUCCAUACCCUCACUGUCACCCCCGUUGACUCUGCAUCCUCUGCGGCGCUAGGCAGAUGUACCCCAGACACGAGUCAAAGCUUUGUUCACCAGUGCAUCCCCCUCUACUCGUAUCUCGGCCUUUGAAAGUUGCGUUAUUGGCAUUCGACUCUUCACGCCCACUAUGGAGCAAUCAGCACUCCCAAUUGCUGCGCGGGUCUGCACGGCUUGGUAUCUUCAAGCUAUGCCCAACCUGUAUCGCGCCAUCGAGAUUCGUAACCGCGGGAGCUAUGCAAAAGCUAGCCAAGAUGUCUCUCGCCGCACCGCGCGCGAAGGAGGGUCUCAUGGCCGUGCUCGGGGUCAAGGCGUUCGAUCUAGACACGUUGGCCGUUCACAAGCGAGUACGGAAGGACAGACGGUUCAUCCAGCAACGUUUCCUCUCACUUGUUCAUCUGGCCCCCGGAAUCCGAUCCCCAUCUGUGGAUGACUUCGUUGCGCGCGUUUCGAUCACCUCUCGCACUCCGUUGCGGACAAUCUGCGCCUUUCCCCAUCUGGAGGAGGUUGCUCUGUGGAAGAUCAACUUCGUGGGCUCGCAAGAAAUGGCACCCCGGCCGCUGACGUCCGAUCCCUCGAGUGCGACAUGAUUUGCACGUUUCCCUGAUCAGUGACGUCGAACGGGACAACACGGUGUGCAUGCGCGUACGC